GACCGCUGGAAAGCCCGCUUGCUAUCAACGCCCUGCAACGUCUCCUCGCUGCUCCAGCUACCGCAACCGCCGUCCGCGUCGUCCACCUCAGCCGUCCCUCCAUCCUCGCUCGCCCGUCCUUUUUCCAGUCAUGUCCGAAAUUCGUAGGAAGCUUGUCAUUGUGGGUGAUGGUGCCUGCGGAAAGACCUGUUUGCUUAUUGUCUUCUCGAAAGGGACGUUCCCAGAGGUCUACGUGCCCACCGUCUUCGAGAACUACGUUGCCGAUGUGGAGGUCGAUGGAAAACACGUCGAGCUCGCGUUGUGGGAUACGGCGGGCCAGGAGGAUUAUGAUCGUCUCAGGCCGCUCAGCUAUCCCGACUCCCACGUCAUCCUCAUCUGUUUCGCUGUAGACUCACCUGACUCGCUGGACAACGUGCAGGAGAAGUGGAUUUCCGAGGUUAUGCACUUCUGUGCUGGCCUCCCCAUCAUUCUCGUCGGCUGCAAGAAGGAUCUGCGACGUGACCCGCGAGUCAUUGAGGAACUCAGGAAGACGAAUCAGCGGCCUGUUACUCCCGAGGAGGGUAUGGCGGUGCAGCAGAAGAUUGGUGCCAAGCACUAUCUGGAAUGCUCAGCGAAGACUGGCGAGGGUGUCCGCGAGGUGUUCCAGUACGCCACCCGUGCUGCGCUUCUGAGCCGGCCCAAGGGCAGCAAGAAGCACCACUGCGUCGUUCUCUAAACUGCGCGCGGACACUUCACUUACUGCUUGCUCCGGGCUGGUCGAGUACGGGCUGAGCGAGCUUGUCAUUCUUCAUACCCCUCGUGCCGUUCAUGACUACUACUAUCUUCUGCAAUGACUGUCAUACACCUCAUCUUUCCGCGUAUUACAUUGGUUUUCGGUCACACCGUUUGCCUGGCGGCUGCUGUCAUCCGAUCCUGUUGCCCCUCAACGACCUUCAAUUACGGUUUCCUCUUUUCUCAUCAUCAUCUGUUCGCAUGUAAGUAACGAGCGCGGCCAUUUAUGAGUCUUCGUAAUAUGGAGGGACGGUCUGUCAUUGCA